AUGAACCCGGUGAAUGCUACUGCUCUCUACAUUUCCGCGAGCCGCCUAGUGCUCAACUACGACCCCGGAGACCCCAAGGCGUUUACAGAGAUUAACAGGCUCUUGCCUUACUUCCGACAGUCCCUCUCGUGCUGUGUUUGCGGGCAUUUGCUUCAAGAUCCUAUUGCACCCACCAACUCCACCUGUCAACACUAUGUCUGCAAAAGUUGUAAAGGCAAGAAAAUGAUGAUGAAACCUUCAUGUAGCUGGUGCAAAGACUAUGAGCAGUUUGAGGAAAACAAGCAGUUGAGCAUCCUAGUGAAUUGCUACAAGAAACUGUGUGAAUACAUAACCCAGACGACACUGGCACGGGACAUAAUAGAAGCAGUGGACUGUUCUUCUGAUAUUUUGGCUUUGCUUAAUGACGGAUCAUUGUUUUGUGAGGAGACAGAGAAACCUUCCGAUUCAUCCUUCACUCUGUGUUUGACACAUUCCCCCUUACCUUCAACUUCAGAGCCCACAGCUGAUCCUCAGGCUGCUUUAUCGCCAAUGUCCGAGAGCACCCUCAGCAUUGCCAUUGGCAGUUCUGUUAUCAAUGGUUUGCCUACCUACAAUGGGCUUUCGAUAGAUAGAUUUGGUAUAAAUAUCCCUUCGCCUGAACAUCCAAACACAAUUGAUGUGUGUAAUACUGUUGAUAUAAAAACUGAGGAUCUGUCUGACAGCCUGCCACCUGUCUGUGACACGGUAGCCACUGACUUAUGCUCCACAGGUAUUGAUAUCUGUAGUUUCAGUGAAGAUAUUAAACCUGGUGACUCUCUCUUGCUGAGUGUUGAGGAGGUACUCCGCAGCUUAGAAACUGUUUCAAAUACAGAAGUUUGCUGUUCUAAUUUGCAGCCAAACUUGGAAGCCACUGUAUCCAAUGGACCUUUUUUGCAGCUUUCUUCCCAGUCUCUUAGCCAUAAUGUUUUCAUGUCUACCAGCCCAGCACUUCACGGGUUAUCAUGUACAGCAGCAACUCCGAAGGUAGCGAAGUUGAACCGAAAACGAUCCAGAUCGGAAAGUGACAGUGAGAAAGUUCAGCCACUUCCAAUUUCUACCAUUAUCCGGGGCCCAACCCUGGGGGCCUCUGCCCCUGUGACUGUGAAGCGGGAAAGCAAACUCUCUCUCCAACCCAUAGCCACUGUUCCCAAUGGAGGCACCACACCCAAGAUCAGCAAGACUGUCCUUUUAUCCACAAAAAGCAUGAAAAAGAGUCAUGAACAUGGAUCCAAGAAAUCUCACUCUAAGUCCAAGCCAGGUAUUCUUAAAAAAGACAAAGCAGUAAAGGAAAAGAUUCCUAGUCAUCACUUUAUGCCAGGAAGCCCCACCAAGACUGUGUACAAAAAGCCCCAGGAAAAGAAAGGCUGUAAAUGUGGGCGUGCUACUCAGAAUCCAAGUGUUCUUACAUGCCGCGGCCAACGCUGCCCUUGCUACUCUAACCGGAAAGCCUGCUUAGACUGUAUAUGUCGUGGCUGCCAAAACUCCUAUAUGGCCAAUGGGGAGAAGAAGCUGGAGGCAUUUGCGGUGCCAGAAAAGGCCUUGGAGCAGACCAGGCUCACUCUGGGCAUUAAUGUGACUAGCAUUGCUGUGCGUAAUGCAAGUACCAGCACCAGUGUAAUUAAUGUCACAGGGUCCCCCGUAACGACAUUUUUAGCUGCCAGUACACAUGAUGAUAAAAGUUUGGAUGAAGCUAUAGAUAUGAGAUUCGACUGUUAAAUCAGUGGGUCUUUAAACCUACCCCUUGGUAGGAAAUAGCUACAGUCUUACGGCAGCUAUGGUUCUGUUGGUUUAACUUGCCGGAGCUCCUGCAUAUAGAUCACUUGUAUCAAGUGUUUUCAUUGCUAAGUUAUAUGUGUUAGUGUCGGGGAAAUAGUUUGCAGAUAAUGGAGGAGUAACCCUACAACUGUAUGUUCUUAGUUCUUACAGAACCUCAUAGUUUGAGAACAAAUGCUGAUGCAACUGAUUUAUACAAAAUGAACUUUGGCAAGGAAAUAACAAUAACCUCAUUGUUUAUGGUCAUGCUUUGUGCAUAAUCAAAGUUGAUGAUUAAAUGUAAGGAAGUGGUAUCUAGUCAGUCCAUAAAGAUUGUGCUAAUUUUUUUGUGGAAAAGUAGCCAUUAGUUUAUCAGGAGACUUUGUGCUGCCUUCAGAUGCCGCAUUAAUAUUUCUCCUGUUGAAAAGCUGAUGUGUCCAGCUCAACCUUUGUGCUGACAUAAUACCAUUUCUGAUCAUGAAAAUUGGCUACUGGAGUGUAUGUAGCAGUUCUUAAAUCAGCAGUAUUAUGAAAGAAAAAUUUCCCCCUCAUUAGAAUGUUUAAGAAAUCUGUCUUUUAAAAAGGUGAACAAAUAAAUUCUGUCAGACCACAAAUGUUAAGCUGUUUAUGCUUUAAAUAUUUAUGAGUUCAGCCCUCUUUCUAGUUACCUGAUUUACUUCUGAGAGAAAAUCCUAAGUCCUUUCACUUUGAGCAAUGUUCUGUUUGGUACAUAAAGUGAAGAGCUGUUUUAUUCUGAAUAUAAUUGAAUUUAUAUAGUUCAUGACAGAAUCUUUAAAAAAUAUAAAAAGAAUUUAAAAAUUGGGUUUUAUUUAAAAGAAUUUUGGAAUACUGCCCCAAUGUGCCCAGAUUUAUGCAUUAUCCUUAUUGCCACUGACAACGUCUUCCAUUUUUAUUUAUUUCCUAUUUGCCACAGGCUUUACCUUGAAUAUGCUCCUUUUUUUUCUCUUUCUUUUUUUUUUUUUUGGGGGGGGGGGUGUUGUUCAAAAUGAAGGCUUCUUUAUCAAGGCCUUAAUAAAAAAAAAUGCCUUUAACGAAGCCUGUGCAUUUAGGAAGGUCUGAAGCUCGGAGGGUUUUCUUUAGAAUGCUCUUUUGCAUGUAAAGCACACACUGUUUCAGUUUUAAUGUACUUCUUCCUAUUAACUUUAUGGGGAAGAUAAACAUUCUGUUGACGGGAAGUCUAGUCAGUUGCUUGAAAGAGCACAGCCCAGGUUAAGCAAGGACUGACGAGGUGGAGAGAACCGUGUGAUUUCAGAGCUGCUGCUUUGGCAGGGCUUAUUUGAAGAAAAAUACUGCUAGGAAGUUCCAGUUUCUGCCGCCUUCACCAUCUAGUGAUCGGAUGUGGUGAAGUCAUUUUGAUUUGGCACACAGCAUGUUCAGUGAUGGUUACUCGCCUCAUAAAGACAUGGAGAAGAAUCCUUUGGACACAGAGCAGAUGACACCUCCUGUUUUGUAGUGUAUCCUGGUGUCAUUUUCUGUGGAUGUGGUCAGGUAGUUGUUUUGUUGUUGUCAUUGGGCUUUUUAAAAAAAAAAAAAAAAAAAAAACCAAAAAAAAUUUUUUUGGUCUCUUUCGGUGGGGCGGGGGUGGGCUAAAGCCAUAGGAAGAAAAAUGUGAUGUAUGUGUCCAGUAUGUACGAUUUUGUUUUUGUUUUGCAAGAAGAGUUGAACUAUUUUUGAUAACAAGAGUAAAUGGUGGAAAAUGCUUCUUAGUUGUCUUGUCUUUAUUUGCUUACCAAGUUUUGGAAUUUUAUUUAAAUCUUUAAGUGAUAGCAGUGUCUUAUGAAACAUGUAUUUACCUGAAAUUUGUAACAGUUUUUGUGUUGAACCAUAUUCCCUGCUAUAUAAUCGUGUAACUCUGUUUUUUAUUCACUAAUGAUCACUGCAGAAAUGACUAGAAAUGAGAUUGUACACAUGGAUAAUUAGGCUAUAUUUUGCAAAUCUCCCAAACUUUCCUAAUAUUUUAAAAUUCAUGGAGUACCUUGUUGCUUCCCAAAUUUGAUCACUUUGUUUCUUGAUGCAUGGGAGGUCGGCAAUAUAGACAACGUGGGGAGAACUCAGUGUGUGAGGACCUUGACUGUUCUGUAACAUUGCCAAUGAUGAAUUCAGGUUGUUUUUAGCACAAGUUUCUCUUUUUUAUGCUGGUAUUCUCACUGCCACAUUUUUGGAAACCUGUAUCACACCUUAAGUCUAUCAAUAAAUGAUAGUUUUCUAAUUCUAUGUUGUAGAAUACUGAGGAGUUUGGGAUAGCAUGUUUUCAAUGGUCUGUUAUUAGCCUGGGGAAAAGAACUUAAUUACAGUGCCUUGGUUUUUUUAUAUUGCUUUUCUUUAUGAUGUGGUUGUUGACAAAUGACUUAGCUGUGAAUUUAUUGAAGCAACUGGAUUUAUCCAUCAGGAUAUGAAAUUACUGAACAAGAAAAAACAAGACUGCAGUUAAAUCGGUGUAUCAUGAAUAAUCUGAGUCUUUGCAUUCGAGAGCUUACAAUUUUUCUUUUUGGUUAGAUUCACUGAGUGUAUAUUUUCUUUAUGAAGUCCUAGGGUAAAGGUUCUGUAUAACUGCUUUUUUUUUUUUUUAAAUUACUGAAGAAAAGUAAAAAUGUUAAAUGGGAAUUUUUCCUGUAGGUAACAUGCUUUUAGAACAUAAAGCUAAAGACUGUGUGACUUGCAGCUGAUACUCUGCUGUCACUUUAGAUACUCAGUGACACGCCUUUUACUAUAUAGACAAGGUCAGUCACCUUUGACCCUGGAGAAUCCCUGUAUCCCACAGGAAAACAUUUCUCAAGUUGAUAGAUUAUAUUUUUAAGAGUUUUAUAAUCCCAAGUCUUCAAAGAGUUAUUUUUGCAAAAAUUCAGCUGCACUUACAGGCAUAAAAAUGAAUUUUAUCUAAAACACAAAAGUGUAUAGUGAACCCAGUUCAUACAUAUAACGACUUUAUUUUGUUUGGCAACGGGAAAACAAGUCAUGCACCAUCUCUACUCAAACACUUUCAAAGCCAAGCAAAUGAUAUAUGAAGUAGUUUUGCUAUCUUCUUUCUUCCUUUUUUCUUUAACAUUUGAACAGUAUAGUAACAGAUAAGGUAGUUACAGGGAAAUGUACAGAAUUUUAUAGUUUGAUUACCUUGGCAAUUAUGCUGUGAAACCUUCCUUUCAUUAAAUAAUUAGUUCAGUGAUUCUCAACCUCUGGGUUGAACUCGAAACCCCUUUCACAGGGGCCGCAUAACGGAUUAUCAGCUAUUUACAUCAUGAUUAAUAAUAGCAAAAUUAUAGUUAUGAAGUAGUAAAUAGUUUUAUGGUGGGGUCACCACAAUGUGAGGGACUGUAUUAAAGGGUCACAGCAUUAGGAGUGUUGAGAACCACUGCUUUAGAUUCUUCUUCUUUUCCAAGGUCCCUGGGCUGUUGUCACAAUUUGACAUUUCCAGUUUGGUAGUAAGGAGUAUACUUAGCUUGAUCUCUACCACAGUGUCAAAUACAUACUAACCUAGUUCCUUGCAUUCGUGUCUAAGAAAGGAACAGGGUGAAGCACUUGUUCAUGAUGGAAGUCUAAUUCAGGUGACCCAAAUUAAACCGUUCCUCCAACUGGAUGGUGCUGAUGGGUUUUGAUCAAAGUAAAAAGCAAGGGUUUGAGUAAAGGGUGGAGGAAUAAGGUAGCAGAAUAAGUUAUAAGCGCUGAGGUGCAGUGGUGGUGGAGUGCUUUUGUGGCAUGUGGAUGGUUCUAGGCUUUGGUUCCCAGCACCACAGAUUAAGUACAGGUUGUACACUACCAGUGCAGCUAGUGCGGUCCAACUGGCUCGGCCCUGUGUUCUGUCGUUUGAAGGAUACUGUAAAGCUGGAUUUUAGAUUGUGCUUUCGGGUAAGACUCAAAAUACUUUACCCAGCUAAUAAAAUCCUUUAAACUGCCCCCCCCCAUUUCCUCUUCCUGCUAAACUUGGAUGGGAUUGGUGGUAACAUAUAAUUCUUUUUAAGACAAGAUUUCACUGUGUAGCCCGUGCUGACCUCAAACUUUGAGCCCUCGAUCCUCCUCACCCCAGUCCCUUGAGUGCUGGUGUUAGAGCAAAGUGUUAUUUAGGCUACUAUAUAUUAUGCAUUUUCUUGUUUCCUGCCUUAACUACCUAAAUCUUGAGAUUAUAGGCAUGCCCCACCAAACGUGUGCUUUUUUUUUUUUUUUUUUUUUUUUUUGUCAAUUUAGUCACUGCUAGGCUUUAAUUAUCUGGGUUAACUCCUAGUUGUAAUAGUUCUCAGUUUCUAUAAUGGUUAUAAGGGAGAUUAGUUGAGUCUUAGGGAACUGGAGGAUCUUGGGACAGGUGGGGUUGCAGCUUGCAAAUUUCUAGUAUUAGUUGAUAUUAUAUGUCUAAAAUUCUCAUUUCUUCCAUGUGUGACUUCCCAUCACCCAAGGUUUACUUCACUGCUUGGCCUUUCUAUUAGGAAAAGAACUAGGAUGGAGAGAAAAGGAAGGCUACUCUGACCAUUUAAAAUUGAAACAAAAAAAGGGACAGUAGAAAGCUGCUUUGAUUUUAGAAAUGUCCACCCUUUUUAGUUUUUUUUUUUUUUUUCCUAAAGUAUAAUGGGUAACAAUAAGCAUGUUGUAGGGGUUAGCUGCAUUGUGGCCUGUUGGAAAGUGUAGGAUUCUGGAUUCACCACUAUAGUAAAAAAGGCUUUCUACUGUGGGUGAGAGCCACUGUUUUUCUUCCAAGGUUGAUAAUAAUGAGGUGGAUGAAAUAUACCUGGUAUUUUCCACAGGAAGUAAGGUAUACUGCUCUUUAGUUUGUGCCUUUUAUUUUUGACCUAAUUUAGUAUUUAAGAGAGGGAUGGAGUAUGUAUAGUGAGAAGUUUCCAUGGUAUGUUACAUUCCUUAAGUCUUCAAGUAAGCCUUCUGCUAGAAAUGAAGAUAGGUCAUUAACUUGUAGAUUAAUACAUAAUCUAAAAAGUGUCUGCAAAUGUAAGUAGUGCCAAAUUCUGUACUUGUCUUCAUUUUCAGAAAAAAAUUUUAUGAGGUUUUUGUACAAGGUCCACAGUCAGAUGCAGAGGCUGCCAGAGCUGCCAGCAGGGCUGGCAGGGCCCAGUGGUUGGUUACCUGAGAAUGUAAGUGACUUAGCAGCUCGGCAGGCCAUGGUGAAGUUACGUUAAGCCAGGUAAGUUGAAGGCCCCGAACUCCUCCAGUACAUAAGUAGUUUCUGAGAUGCUUGGCAGUGCUUUUGUUACAGGAUAAAGCCAGUUCCAGAGGCCCUUUUUCAAGUUCCAGAAUUUUUGACUCAAGUUUUCUGCAAGUGAAGUUUUCUUAAAGGUUCUGUAGGAGCCUGAGGUACCCCAGGGAAGCUGGCCAGUACUGAGGCAGCUUCUGCUUCUGUGCAGAGAACUGUGUGUGGCCUUAUUUCCAAGAGAGCCUCCAUACACCAAGGGGUGUAGAGUGCUGACUGCAGACUUUGGAAGGUGACUGAUGACAGCAUGGUACUUCCAAGGAAGAGCGCUGCACGUUUGCAACAAACUGGUGGGGUCUCCUGUGCUGAACUACUUAGAGCAUUUUAGUUUCUAGUGCACUCGGAGGAACCAAACUCUUUACAAAGCAGUGUACAACUAGAACGUCUCUCCACACCAUCCUUUCCGUGUAGAUUAUGGCAACUACUCUUCAUCCACUGACUGGAGCUUUCCACAUUUCUCUGAAAGGCUUGAAGUUAGGAUUUUAUUGCCCUUGUUUCCAAGUUCAGAGGGAGACACAGGCUCAUCUGAUUCAUAGUCUUCAAAUGAGCUGAAAAGACAAAGCAAAAUUAGUUGAUUUUAAAAAAUUAGUUUAUAAACACUUGGGUACACAUCAGUGUAGCACCCAGAGACUUGAUGAUUAGCCUGAAAAGUGACCAUUACCCAGCAUGGAUAUAACUGUGCUGCUCUGUAGAGGGCACCGACCAGAGCAGAAAACUCCCUGCUUCCUAACUCAAGUCCAUGUUAGGAUUUGUUGAAAAGCAGAGUUCGAAGCUUUUUGAGUGUUUACACUGGUGUUUCUACAGGGAGCUUGUUAUCAUUCACUAGCUUUGUGUGACAGUCUCUCCUUGGCCCCUAAUGACAUGUUUAGAUGUGUAAGUGCGUCUGUUGCAGACAUCAAGUCCACUUGUGGACUCCUCUAUUCUAAUUCUUACUAGGAUUUUAAUUCCCUUUAAAGCCUACUGAUAGCUUUGAAAUGCCGUGUCUCCCAGGUUCAGUGUUUAUCUCUUGUGACUGAUGCUUGCCUGCCCUGAGGUACCAAGUUAAGUAUUCUGAUACUAACUUGAGCCUAGAAAAACACACAAGGUCAUUGGCUGAAUUAUGUUCUGGGCUAACAGUGCUCGCCAUCACCGGUGUAGCUGAGGAGCUUUACCUGCCAGAGAAGUGCUUUAUUUUGGAGCCACAUAUGCAGCCCCCUGAACUGUUUGUUUCAUGUGUAUGAGUGCAUGGCCUGCAUGUACGCAUGCACACCAUGUGUGCGAUGGCCAUGGAGAUCACAAGAGGGCAUUGGAUUCUUUGGAAUUGGAUUACAAAUGAUUGUGAGCUGCCACGUGGGUGUUGGGAUCUAAAACUCCAGUUCUUCUGCAAGGGCAACAAGUGCACACCACUGAGCCAUUAUUCCAACAGUCCCUCCUCCAAAACCCCCAAACAUAAUUUAGUAGAAGGUUAUAAACAUUUUUUUAAAAAGUGUCUACACCUAAUGUUUAGAAAAACUUCCUGUGAUUCUGCUCAAGGUGAUGCUUAAACUUGUUCACUGCAGAAACCCAACUACAUUCCUAGUGUUUGUUUCCAUUACUCCGUCCUUGAGGGUACUGCGGAUGUCACGGCAGGGAGCUGUGCUGGUAAGCUUUCCUUACUAGGCGUGGAGUGGUAUCAAAGUUAAUUCUAACCGACAAAUCAGGACUGCUUAUUUCUCUCAAAGUAAGUUAUUUUCCUUCCCUUGGUCUCUAACUUGUUGUGUCUAAGAGCUAGUGUCUUAAUACCUUAGUGCAAGUGUGAGAAAAAGGCAUAUUUAAGUCAGAAGGGAUAACACUAAUUCAGUAAAUAUUUGAAUUCAAAUCGCUGAGCUUGAGCCAAAUGCUGGAUGGAUGCAAUAGGAAUGAUUGAAUGACGUGAGCCAGCCUCUCCUAGCUCGAUGGCCUGGUAGAGACCGCCUGGAAUGGUGCCAAAGGGUUAAAAUGUGGGUUCUGGAGCCAAGACAAAGUCAGAUUCUAAUCUGGGUCUGAUCAGUCUGUGACUUGGGACAUAUUACCUAACUCUACAUUCAAAUCUUUGCCUCAUGAGCUCUCACCACCAAGUGGAGGUGAUGAGGGUCUUAAUACACCAGACACUACUAAAUGUAGCUCGUGUUUUCAUAGAGAAGUACUAGGGCCUACCUCAGCAUGCUUGUGACACAAACCUAUUGAGGGCAAGAUUAUUUAUAAAUAAAUACAACCCCCUUUCCCCAACACCGUGCCAGCCACAUUCCAGCACUCUGGAGGCAGGGGCAUAUUUUGGUAUACACUGUUGAGUUCAGGCCAGCCAUGCAAGCCUACAAAAGGGUUAAAGAGCUGAUUGAGUAACUGCCCUUUGGGUUAGUGCUGUGGAAACAGGCAGUAUCUGGAGAUACGUCUGACAACUGAGGAUCCUGUGGGCAUCGAGUUAGUAUAGUCUAAGGACAGAACUAAACUUAGACAGUGCCAGAGGCUACCUUAUGGUCAUCUCGCUUAGAACUGGGUUGUAGCCUGCUCCCAGCCAGCAUUGUGAGGUAGGCUGUGGACUACUCAUUUGCAUUCUGGGGCACUUUGUCUUUCUGAUGUUUACACACCAUUUCUGUAUGCUUCUAACCCUCAUGUUCAGCCUCAGCUGCUGGACACACGGAAAGCCCCUGUACAUCUGGCUGCCUACUAGAUGACUUUUCCAGGAUGACAGUAUACUUACAGGUCAACGCACUCUACUGCUGACCUCUUUUCUCUGUAUUAGCGAGCCAUGUCCUAGUAAUGCCCUUUUCUUCCCUUUUUGAAUCCAGCCAGUUGCUCACACCCUGUACCCUAUGGGCACAGCUGUUUCUUCCUGUUUGACUAGGGAACUCUGCUUUUCUGCUUGAAUGAUGAUGUUUUCUAGGGACUGGAUUUCUUGGUUUCACUUCUGCCAUGGACCCCUUGCUACUGCAUAUACACCCAGACAUGUUUAUUACAGUCUUGGGGUUUAGUGCCACUGCUUUCCAGUUACCAACAUAUCUGUCCUUCUGGCAAAUUGGGUUCCAUGUGUUUAUCUGAGAUGUCACUUAAAAUAUUCUUCAUGGCAGGGUACAGAGCUAUAUAUAGCUCAAUGGAUACUAGCGCUUACUGCUCUUGCAGAGGACCCAAGUUUACCCAUUUUGGGUGGCUCAUGGCUACCUGUACCAACACCUACAGAUUUGACAGCCUCUUUGGCCCCCAUAAGUACCUGUAGGUAUGCAUUCUCUCCUCACUGCUACCCCCACACCACACCCAGUACUUGAGCAGAAACAGGUGGGUCUACUGAGGUCUAGGCCAGUCAGGGCUACAUAGGAGACCCUGUCUUGAUAAAGACAAUUACUUUAUGAGGUAUUAUCUGUUGAACCGUUUUUGAAUGAGCAGGGGACUCAGGAUGAAAGCAGAUCACAGUUCAGUAUUCCCAAGCAUAAAAUCAGCAGCUUUCUUAAGGAUACAAGAGUUAUAAAGAGUCAUACUCUUUCUACUUUAUACUCUUGUUAGUACAAGAGUAUAAAGGCAGGAGUGCUCAGAAUUCUGUCAGCACUAUCCCUGCUUUGAAGAACCUAUCUUUCCUGAAGUUUUCACUCAAAUAAUGUAGUUUUUGGGGAACACUAUUACGCUAGUUCUGUAAACCCUGGGGUGGAAACACUGCCUGCUCUACCUUGCAGAGCCGUUGUUGGCACACAUGGUAACAAAAGACUAUGUAGUUUCAGGUGUUGACUGGGAGUUGUAGUUUGUGCCAAGUUUCUGAAAUUCUGAUUAUCUACAGAAACAAAUGGCUAUAAUAUUUCGACUCAGGGCUUGCUGUGGGAAAUCUCAGACAUACAUGGUAUAAACACAGAAUACAAUGUUCACUAGUUCUUGGGAACCUUUUAUCAUCCAGAAGUAGAAGUGUGAAUUAUAUUUUUCCUUUUUUUUUUUUUUUUUUUUUUCUUUUUUUCGGAGCUGGGGACCGAACCCAGGGCCUUGCGCUUCCUAGGUAAGCGCUCUACCACUGAGCUAAAUCCCCAGCCCCUAUUUUUCCUUUCUUGAGACAGGGUCUUUCAUAUAGCCCAUGAGACCUCACACUAACUCCGAUCCUCCUACUUCUACGCUCUUAGUACUGGCAUUCAGGCAGGCUACCAUACACAGUUUAUGCAAUAAUACUGGGGUUAGAAAUUGGGAGCUUUGUGCAUGCCACUCAAGCACUCUCCCAACUGAGCCACAUCCCUAGCCUUAUCUCUUAAGAAAGGUCCCACUAAAUCGCCAUGGCUGGCCUGAAAGAGAGAACGGACGCAUAGGCUGACCUCUGACCUCACAUGUGUGUCAUGACAUGCACAUGCUUGCACACAUACACAUAAAUGCAAUAAAAUUUCCUAAUGUCUACCAUCUCACUUUCCUGUCUCAGAAAGUUGACCUGUCUUAAGAACACUCAAUAGAAAAGUGUUCAAAUUGUUUCUCUUUUAAAUGGGUGUUCUGUCUGCCUGUUACUAUGUGUGCACAGAGGCCAGAAGAGGGUGCAAAAUCCCCUGGCUCUGGAGUUUUAGAUGGCGGUAAGUGGCUAUGUAGGCAUGAGUGGCUGGGUCCUCUGCAAGAACAAGUGCUGAGUCAUCCUUCCAGCUCCUUAAACUCAAAACAAUGUAACCUCCCACCCCCACUUUUAAAGAUGAGGUCUCCUUCUAUAUUCCAGGCUCACCUCAGAUGCAUGGUGUGCCUGCCUCAGAUGCCCAAGUCCUAGGAUUACAGGGGCGUGCAACUAUGUCUGCACUAUAAACUACCUAAAUGGACAAGUUACUGCUUUAGGAACAUUCUAAAGCAUUAAAGUCGAUUUUUGAGUGCUAGUAACAUUGUUACUGCAAAUAGUUAUCUCUAUUGCUUGACCAAAGGUGUUUUAAGUGUGAGUGUGUGUGUGUGUGUGUGUGUGUGUGAGUGUGUGUGUGUGUGUGUGUGUGUGUGCCUUACCCACUGGCUCAUCUUGGUGCUCCCUACACCUGCACAUUAAAAAUAUUUAAUUUAGAUGUGUAGCUGUCUGGGUGCCCAUGCCUGUGCAUGUGAAAACCAAAAAGGGUGUUGGUGUUCUCUUCUGUUAUGUUCUACAUCUUUCUGUGAGACACUUUCUUCCUGAAACUGAGGCUCCGUUUCCUCAGCUAGGCUGGAAGCCAGCACCCACUUCAGAGCUCAGGUUACAGGCACUUUUGGGAACACUUGUCUUACUAUGUGGGUGCAGGGAUUCUAGCUUUUUGUUGUGUAAACCAUAAGGAUGCUAAUUAUAAAUAAUGGUAUAACCUUUCCUUAUUUUAGGGACUCUGGUCUUUCUGGGUUCAUUCCUGAGCUGAAUUUAUGCUGGUCUUUGUUGUGAUAGUCUGUCAGCUGGCCAUGCUUGUCUUGCCUUGUCUGCAGCCUCAUGCCUAGAGUCAUUUAUGGGCUGUGACCAAACCAAGAGGUAGAUCGUGACAAAAGGAAGCCCACGACUUGUUAGGAGUGUAAGAACUUUAAGUGCUUUUGGAAGGUUUUCUGUUCCGGGAUUGGUAAGGACAUGUUUGUGGUGGGAUUGGGAGGAACACUGUUGCUCUCUGUCUGUGCUGUAUGGUAAAUAUUUGCUGAGGCACUUCCGUAACAGUCUGUCAGGUGAUAACAGUUACAAGACAGAAAAAUGGUUGUUUGCCUUAGAGAAGCCACAGUUCAGUGCUAAGAUGAGUAAGUCCAUCUGUUUCCACUCACAGGCCAGGCUCUGUUAGACAUAUUACACAGACCGCCUCACAAUCCACUGUUACACAAACAGACAGCUACUGUAUCAAUGAUGCCAUGGCCUAUGCUCUAGGAAUGAAGCAAACAGCCUGGGUGAUGAAUGCUACUUACAGCUGACUAAACUCUACUGGAAGAGGCUGGGGAAAUAUGGCCAUGGUCAUAGAAGCUGUAGAAGAAAAAAGCCACUGCUUUUUAUUACAGAGAACUAGGCUCACAGACUUUUUAUAUACAUUGUCUUUUUUGUUUGUUUGUUUUGUGUUUGGUGUUUCAAGACAGGGUUUUCUCAGUGUAGUCCUGGCUGUCCUGGAAGCUACUCUGUAGACCAAGCUGGGAUUAAACUCAGAGAUCUGCCUGUAUCUGCCUCUUGAGUGCCAACACCGCCUGGCUACACAUUGUCUUCUUUAAAUCUUAGAAUAGCUUGGUGUUGCAGAGGCUUCAUUGUGGAGGGGUACUGUGGCUUAGAAACCUGGGAUCACACUAGCGGGACAAGGAUUUGAGCUUAGCCUAACUGCUAAUUGCAUGUGUGUGCUGUACAUCCAGCUUUACCAAGAGUAGUCCUAGCUACUGUCUCCAACAUGGAACAUAUCUCCGAUUCUCACAAAAGCUCUGCAAGGCGGCACCAAGAGCUUCUGAAACUGAGCUGGUGGGGUCAGGUAACCUGUGCAUCUGGUGACUGGGCCAGUGCUGAGUGUCUCCUAAGCCUCUUAACAUUCUUCCUUUUUCUAAUAUGGAUCUGGCAAUUUCUGUGUGACAUUUAUUCACCCUGACUUAUCUGUUUUUCAUGAGGUGAAGCUCUAGGUUAUAGCCUUUGGAUUUUUAGGCACAGACCCAUGUUUUGGACCAGUCAGUCAGUUGUUAAUCCUGUGUGACAGGCCUUCCUUUUCCUUUGCUGACAUUCUAGCACUUGCUGUACAGGCUGCUGUCUUCCCUUCCCUAGAGACCUCAGCACCCACAUGUGUUCUCUGUAGGCCUUAUCUUCCACCACAGGAGAUGAGAGGUCUGUGACAAGAGUGUCUCAUAUGUACUGGUUGAAUUUCACUACAGCUGGUGACUGUACUGCUUCUUGUAACCCUUUACCUGUGUCCCUGCCUCUUCUUCCCUCACCUGUGUCCCUGCCUCCUCUUCCCUCACCUGCACCCCUGCCUCCUCUUCCCUCACCUUCGCCCCUGCCUCCCCUUCAUUCCAAGCACACUGGUACCCCUCUUAGUACUACAACAAUUCAAAAAAGAAUUUUUUUUUUGCUUGAUCCAAUUGUAUUUCAUCUCUAACUGAUAUUAAGUUUCUCUUAUGUUUACUCAAACAUAUUAGGCAUUUAGACCUGAUAUCCUCUCACCCCCUUUCUUUAAAGCAGGUUUAAAAAUCGGGGGUGGGAGGAAUGCUAAAAAAUGGGUUGGAGAGAUGGCUCAGAGGUUAACAAUGCUUACUGCAUUACUUAUUAGAGGACCAGAGUUUGGAUCUCAGCACCCACACUGGGUGGCUCGCCACAUACACCUGUUAAUUUCAGCUCCAAGGAUACACGCACACACACUCUCUCUCUCUCUCUCUCACACACACACACACACACACACACACAGAGAGAGAGAGAGAGAGAGAGAGAGAGAGAGAGAGAGAGAGAGAGAGAGAAUGAAUAUAAGAGAAUAAGAAUGAAUAAGUCAGGCUUGGCGGUGCAUACUGUUAAUACCAGCACUUGAGAAGCAGAAACAGGUGGAUCUUUGAGUUCAAGGUCAGCCUGGUCUAAAUAGCCAGUUCCAGGCCAGCCAGAACUGCCUGGCAUGAGUGCACAGAAGUGAAUGCCGGUCUUCUGCAGGAGCGGUAUGUGCUCUGGUCACUGUAGUGAUUUUCUUCUCUUAUUUUCUGGGGAUUAACUGCUAUAACAACUGUUUAUUGUUUGUGUGUAGUUAAGAGGUGCUGGUUUGAAAGAGAACUGUCUCCCAGAGGCUCACACAUUGAACUCUUGGACUGCAUGCCUCCCUGCUAUGACAGAGUCUUAGAUCUCUGUAACCGUAAGGCAAAUUAAACUCCCUUUUUUAGGAGUUGUUCUGGUCAUGAUGUUUUAUCACAGCAACAGGAAACUGUUAUAUUUUUAUUUCAUUACAGUUUCCUUUUUGGGGAGUGGAGGGCUGCUGGGGACUAAUCUCAGGGCUUUGCACAUGAUACACCACUGAGCUUCCCCCUCAGCCCACAAUAGCUUAAAGUAGUUCACUGUUCACUGUAUGUAGGUCCCAUUUACUUUCAUGAUUUGUUCUCUGUAAGAAGUAAAUUUUUGUGUAAAUGAACUCCAAAUAUGUGUUAUUUAAACCUCACACUUUGAAAAGAUCCAGAAUUCUGAAUUCAAAGUUUUCUUUUAAAAAUGAUUUAUUUAUUUUUGUUUGUUUUGCUUAUAUCUAAGUGUACUACUGUGUAUAAUGCCCUUGGAGGCCAGAAAAACACAUUGGUUCCACUGGGAUUACAGACAGUUGUGAACUCCACGUCAGUGCUGGGAGCUGAACCUGGCUCAUCUGAAGGAAGAGCGAGUGCUCUUUCCACUGCUGUGAGCCGUCUCUCCAGUGCCGGACCCUACUGUCAGCACCUGAAAGGGAUUCAUGACGCUAGGCUUGACUGUCAGCUUGAAGGAACACACGUCUCUAGGCAUGGAGGGAGAUGCAUGCAUGCAUGUAUGUAUGUACGUAUGUAUGCAUGUGGCUAGCUGAGCAGCAGCAGUCAUUUCUGCUUCCUGGCUAGGGACUCAGGGUUAUGGCUGCCUUUGGCUUCUGCUGCCAUGAUGGACGAAAGCACUUGGAGCUAUGAGCCAAAAUAAACCCUUCAUUCCGUAAGUUGUUUUUGUAAGGUAUUUGAUCACAGAAUGGAGGAAAAUAAUUAAAACAAUAUUGCUUAAUUUCUUUUUGCAUUCACUUUGUGGGCAAUGUAUUUUUCUUACUAAAGAUUUUCAGUUUUUUUUUAUUAUUUUGUGUGGUAAAUUUAUGCUCAUGUAGGGGCUGACAAACUGUAUAAGCCAACUCUGUCUUCAUACCUGUUUUGGUAUAACCCAUGAGCUAAGAGUACUUUUACCUUUUUUAAUUUUGAAGAAAAGUCACAGGAAUAUUUUAUGAUAUGAAACACUAUGCAGUUAGUGCUUCUGACUUUAUUUUUAAGGAUUUAUUUAUUUAUUACAUAUAAGUACACUGUAGCUGUCUUCAGACAGACCAGAAGAGGGCAUCAGAUCCCAUUACAGAUGGUUGUGAGCCACCAUGUGGUUGCUGAGAUUUGAACUCAGAACCUCUGGAAGAGCAGUCUCUUAACCACUGAACUGUCUCUCACCCCCAGUUUAUUUUAAAGUUCUAUUGGAAUACAAUGACACACAUUUGCUUAUAUAUUAUAUGCAUCUGCCACGUAGUUGUAACAGAAUCUACAAGAUCUGACACUUGUAACCAGGACAGAGAAAAAAAUGCUGAUUCUUGCUCCUAUGUAUCCUUUAUUUACUUCACUGGCUAAAAUUCUAGAAAUUAUUUCUGUUGUUUUCCACAGGUGUUUUUAAACCCUAGCAUUUCAAUAAAAAUAACAAAUAAUGUUUUCAGCCACGCUCAUUCCAUUCAGUGCCAUGCUGCACUUUUUAUUAAAAACAUGGACUUUCUGGGUCUGAGAUGGUUCAGUGGUAAGCGCCACCUACUUUCAAGCCUUCCAGCCUGGGUGUAAUCUGAGGAUCCUACAAGGUGCCAAGAAUUAUAUCUAAAAGUUGAUCUUUGAUCUCCAGAUGUGCACCAGAGCAUAGGGACCAUUAUAGUUAUGUGUGCUCCCACAGUAAAACAAAAACAAAAAAAAACCAACUACAGAAUAGGAACUGUUAAAAACCAAAAACCAAAACAAAAAACCAACAAUAAAAGAACUUCCCCAUUUCUAAGACACUAACUAUACUUCUUAAGGGUACAUUUUUUUCAUUCUUCUGAACACUCAUUUUGAUGCCUUGUUCUGAUCUCUGUAUUAACUUCUGUCCACAGUGAAUGUCCUCAUAUUGUAUUUUGUUGGUAUUUUUCAACUGUCUGGUGUGUGUUUGUUUUUCUUUGUAGUUGGGAACAAACUGCUGUCUCUGCCUGACUGGUUGCCUAGGAAGGGGAAGAGGGUUGAAAAGGUGGUUGAUCUGUCUGUGCUCCUAAGUGUCUGGGUGGCUGUUUUUUCUCUUCCAUGUUCCCAUAGUCUUCACUUUCGUUUUUCUUUUAGGGAUAGCAUGGCAUAUAUAUAGUUUGACCUCUAUGAACGCUGCUUCUCGCGUCCCCCUUGUUUCUAGGUUCUAGUCAAUUGAGGUAGGGAAUCACUAAAAUCUGCUCCCUUUUCUGUAACAAUUAUCCCUUUGUAUUCUGUUACAAAGAGCUAUCUGCUCCUUCCUUCUCAUCCUGUUUGCUCACCUUCUUUUAGUGUCCACCUAAAGCUUCUCUUCUUUUAGGUGGUUCUGUUUUUUGUUUUAUGUUUAAUUAUCAUCUUCCAUUGCUAGAGUCUUGCUAUGUGUUCCGGCUGUCCGCAAUUCAUGAUUACGGCUUGGUCUCUUGGGUGCUGGGGUCCAGGGAUAAGCCACCACCAGCUGGGACUCUUCCUCACGGGGUGAGGGAGCUGAAGACUGCAGGAUGCAUCCAGUCCCCUCUCAAUCAGAAGCUAGUCUGUCCUGUUAUUUUUUGGAUGUUCUGUUUGUAUCCUAAUAUGUAUUCUGUUAAUGCCCUAUGAACAAAAUUCAGGAAGUUUUUUUUUUUAAAUUAGGAACUACUUUACAGUGUCUAUAAAUAAUAGUAUUCAUUCCCCACUUCUGAUUUUUUUUUUGUCUCUAGAGUCUAAUAAUAUCAUGACAGCUUUAUAAAAAGUGCUUUUAAAUUAUUAAAAUGUUUUGGUGGUAGUCAUUAUUCCAUAACUGAAUCAUUUUAAUAACAAACUCUAGCCUUUUUCAUUCACUGUUCCAAAAACAUUUGCUUUGAUUAUGACAUCAUUAGUUUAUGCUGCAUGGUCUAUGCUGUUGUGUGUAUGUUUGUAACUGAAUGAAACUAUUUUGAGUUUGGCUUUACUAUUCUGGGUGUUUAACAUUAGCUCUCCUUCUAGUUGUCUUGGAAGCUUUGUAGGGUGUUUGCUAAGAUGUGCUAAUAAAACUUACAUAUGUAUUUUCUGUGUCUUCUUUCAAUUGUUACUGCUGAGAUUUAUACAAAAUUUCUCUCUUUAUCCUAAUUUUCCUUACAGUAUGUUUUCCAUCAGAUUGUAUUUUAUUUUCUAUCUUUUUAGUUCAGUGGUUCUCAACCUUCCUAAUGCUGUGAUCCCUAAACAGAGUUCUUCAUGUUGUGGGGAUCCCAACCAUAAAAUUAUUUUCAUUGUUACUUUAUAAUUUUAUUACUGUUAUGUAUUGUAAUGUAAAUAUCUGUACUUUUCAAUGGGUCGUAGGUGACCCUGUGUGAAAAAGGUCAUUCAACCACCAAAGGAGUUUUGCCCCAUAGUUUGAGAACCUCUGUUGUAUUUGGUUAGGCUUAUUUUUAUAUUUAAAGUGAUUUAAUUCUUAUUAUUUAUUAUUUGGGACACUGCUGUAAGGCAACUGGGGCAAGGCUUAUUUACACCUCCCUCCCUUGUCUUGUGACGUGUUUUUAAUUAAAAAUUUUACCAGGGCUACACAGAGAAACCUUGUCUCAAAAAUUUUUUUAAAAAUUAUUUUGUAUGUAUGGGUGUUAACUUUGUAUAUGUUUGUGUACUCCAUGUAUGCAGGGUCCUUGGAAGGCCAGAAGAGGGCAUUGGCUCCCCUGAAAUUGGUGUUACAUACAGCAGUGAGCAACACGUCAGUGCUCAGGACAGAGCCCUGGUAACUUGUGUUUUUAAAAAGUGGAAAACAGGGAGAGUGAUUUUAUCUUGAGAUUUGUUUUCGCUAUCCUUGGCUUUUGUUUUUCCAUAUGAAGUUGAGAAUUGCUCUUUCCAUGUCUGUGAAGAAUUGUAUUGGAAUUUUCAUGGGAAUUGCAUUGAGUGUGUAGAUGCUUUUGUGUAAGAUGUGUAAGAUGAGUGUGUAAGAUGGCCGAUUUUUUUUUUUUGUUCGGAGCUGGGCACCGAACCCAGGGCCUUGCGCUUCCUAGGCAAACGCUCUACCACUGAGCUAAAUCCUCAACCCCAAGAUGGCCGAUUUUACUAUGCUAAUCCUACCAAUUCAUGAACGAGGGAGAUCUUUUCCUCUUCUGAGGUCUUCCCUUUCUUUCUUCAGAGACUUGAAGUUCUUGUCAUAUAGAUCUUUCCCUUGCUUGGUUAGAGUUACAGCAAGAUAUUUUAUAUUAUUUGUGGCUAUUGUGAAGGGUGUUGUUUCCCUAAUUUAUUUUUCAGCCUGUUUAUCAUUUAUAUAAAGGCUACUGAUUUGUUAAUCUUAUAUCCAGCCACUUUGCUGAAGUUGUUUAUUAUCUGUAGGAGCUCUCUGGUAGAAUUUUUGGGGUCGCUUAAUGUAUCUGCAAAUAGUGAUACCUUGACUUCUUCCUUUCCGGUUCUCUUUCUUUUUGGGGUCUUUGUGUGAUUUAGGUAUCAGAGUAACUGAGGUUUCAUAGAAUGAAUUGAGUAGUGUUCCUUCUGUUUCUAUUUUGUGGAAUAGUUUGAGGAGUACUGUACUAGCACUCUUUUGAAGGUCUGGUAGAAUUCUGCUCUAAAACCAUCUGACCCUGGGCUUUGGCUGCUUCUGGUUCCUUAGGGGUUGUGGGACUGUUAGAUAGUUUACCUGCUCUUGAUUUAACUUUGACAUGUGAUAUCUGUCUAGAAAAUCAUCCAUUUCAUCUAGAUUUUCCAGUUUUGUCCAGUAUAGCUUUUGUAAUAAUACCUGAUGAUUUUUUGAAUUUCCUCAGUUUCUGUUGUUAGGUCUCCCUUUUCAUGUCUGAUUUUGUUAAUUUGGAUACUAUCUCUGCGAUCUUUAGGUAGUUUGGUUAUGGGUUUUUCUAUCUUGUUGAUUUUCUCAAAGAAUCAGUUCUUGGUUUUGUUGAUUCUUUUUAUCUUUCUAAUUGGUUGAUUUCAACCCUGAGUUUGAACUAUUUCUACCUCUGGAGGAAUCAUCAUCCAUGACCUCAAGCUGUAAUAUAGAGCAAUAGUAAAAACUACAUGGUAUUGGUACAGAGACAGACAGGUCAAUCAGUGGAAUAGAAUUGGAGACCAAGAAGUAAACUCACACACUAUGGACACUUGGUCUUUGACAAAGAAGCCAAAAUCAUCUAGUGGAAAAAAGGAAGCAUCUUCAAGAAAUGAUGCAGGUCUAACUGGCAGUUUGUAUGUGGAAAAAUACAAAUUGAUCCAUAUUUAUGACCUUGUACAAAGAUCAAGUCCACGUGGACCAAGGACCUCUACAUAAAACUAGAUACACUGAAUCUAAUAGAAGAGAAAGUGGUAAAGCUCCCUGAACACACCAGUACAGGGGGAAUUUCCUCAACAGAACACCAGUGGCUCAGGCUCUAAUCAACAAUUGACAAAUGGGACCUCAUGAAUCUGAAAAGUUUCUGUAAGGCAAAGGAAACCAAUAUAUUGGGAGAAGACCGUCACUAACCAUACUUCUGAUAGAGGGCUAAUAUCCAAAAUAUAUAAAGUACUCAAGAAGUCAGACUCCAAGAAACCAAAUACCCCAACUAACAAAUGAGGUACAGAGCUAAACAGAGAGAUCUCGGCACAGAAAUCUCAAAUGGCCAAGAAGCACUUAAAUGUUUAUCAUCCUUAUUCAUCAGGGAAAUGCAAAUCAAAAUGACCCUGAGAUUCUACCUCAGACCAGUCAGAAUGGCUAAGAUCAAAAACUCAGAUGACAGCAGAUGCUGGCAAGGACGUGGAGAAAGAGGAACACUCCUCCAUUGCUGGUGGGAUUGCAAACUGGAAUUUUGCAAUCUGGUGGGUUCUCAGAAAAUUCAAAAUAGUUCUACCUGAUGACCAGCGAUACCACUACUGGGCAUAUACCCAAAAGAUGCCCCAACAUAUAACAAGGACACGUGCUCCACUAUGUUCAUAGCAGCCUUAAUUGUAAUAGCCAGAAGCUGGAAAGAACCCAGAUGUCCCUCAACCGAAGAAUGGAUACAGAAAAUGUGGUUCAUUUACACAAAGGAAUACUAUUCAGCUAUUAAAAAUGAGAAUAUCAUGAAUUUUGCAGGCUUAAGGAUGAACUAGAAAAUAUCAUCGUGAGCAAGGUAACCCAGACCCAAGAGGACAUGCAUGGUGUACUCACUGAUAAGUGGAUAUUACCCAAAAAGUACAGAAUACUCAUGAUACAACACACAGACCAUAUGAAGUUUAACAAGAAGGAAGGCACAAGUGUGGAUGCUUCAAUUCCACUUAGAAGAGGGAACAAAAUAAUCACAGGAGGCAGAAGGAGGGAGGAAAGCAGGUAGGAGACCAGAGGUGCAGGGGAAAAGGGGGCAGGAUCAGGUAUGGGAGGAGCUAGAGAAGCCCAGAGGGCCAGGAGAAUGAAUGGAAAUGUGCAGCACUGUGGGGUAAGGGGUGUGGGAACCUCUAGAAAGUCCCAGAUACCUGGGAUGUGAGAGGCUUCCAACUCAAUGGUGGUGUGAGCUUAGCCAAAUUGCCCCACAGUGGGGACGGAGCCUGAAGAGACUUCCUCCAGUGGACAGACAUGGCUCAUGGUUGAGGGAUGAAGCUAGCCACAUAUCCUCAACAUUUUUGACACGGGGGGGAGGGGGAAUUGUUCCUGUCUAAAGGAAAGGCAGGGACAAAAAAGGACAGAAGACUGAAGGAAAGGCCAUCAAAUGACCCGCCCAACUUGGGAUCCAUUUUAUGCGCAGGCAUCAAGCCCUGACACUAUUACUGAUGCCAUGUUGUGCUUGCAGACAGGAGCUGCCUCUGAGAGAUACUGUUACUUACAGCCAACUACUGCACUGAGGUUGAGUUAGGGGAAGAAUUGAAGGAGCUGAAGGCGAUUGCAACCUCCUGGGAAGAACAUGAGUAUAACUCACCUGGACUCCCUCAGAGCUCCUGGAAACUAAGCCACCAACUAAAGGAGGCUGACCUGAUGGACAAAUCAGGGAGCUCCCUGCCUCUGGAAGUCGAGAGGUGCCGUCACCAGCUGCUGAGGAGAUGGACGGCGUUGCACGUGGGUUUCUAGUGGCUCGUUCUCAGGGAGGCUCAAGUCUGUAGCCGGGGUGACUGACUACUGCAGAGCUGUGCUCAGUGAUCCUGGACUCCGUGAAAGGUGUGCAUUAUUGAAGGCAGUGAGACAAAGAGUGUCAGGAACUCCGCGAGGAGCAAGAAGCCUACCUCGAACACAGCCUAUUGGGAACACGCUCACCCAAGCCCUGGUAGAGCCUUGUGGGACUCAGAGAUGCACUCACCCUUCCUGGAGCUGAACCUGGGCAGAUUCCUCAGUCACCAGAGCCUCGUACUCCUCAGCAGCAAACCUGUCCCAGUCAGAGGGCUCGGGGCCCUCAUUUUCAACAUCCUGAUAGAAGGAGGGAUUAGAACAGAGGCAGACGUUGGAAGUAGGUAUAUUUAUGGUGUAAAUAUCAUAAGGCAGUUUUGCUGAAACGUAUCUGAAAAUUAUUUCCAGUAUAGUAAAAGAGGGGCUAAGGCAACAUCCCCAUAGUAAUCUGCCCCUGAAAUUACAAAGUUAUGUAUGCAAAACAGCUUACAUGCUUUUGGUCACAAUUCUCUCUUUAAUAAAAAGAUUGAUUUGUGAAUCGUACAAUUUUAGCAUUUGCAGAAGUCAGGAAGGGACACUGGAGUUGGACAGCUGCGAGGCACUCUGUGGAUGCUGGGAACUGAACCUACAUCCUCUGCAAGAGCAGAAGGGCUUUUAAGCUCUGAGCAUCUCUCCAGUUCCAUGAUUCUUAGAAGGGAAAAGAAAUGUGUGCUUUGUGUGUGUGCCCACGUGAUCCGAGUGGGUGUGCGUGCCUGCAUGUUGGAGAUCCUGUUCUCUUUCCAUUCAGGUUUAUUGAUGGUCUAACAUGUUUGCUCAUGACAAAGGAGCUUGUUUCUACUCUCAUGCAGAAUAACAUUUAUUCCUAUACACAGGAAUAAUUAACACUUGAAAAAAGUGUUACAUUAUCUGAAGUUGUCUGUUAUGGAGUUCUAUUGUUACUUAGAAGGGUAAAUCUAUUUACCACACUACCUUGGAAGUGCAUAGCAUAAUUAAACCAAGGUCAGUGUAGCUGAUAUUUUUUCAAAACUACUUUUUUGAAACUAACUUUUAAUGGUUUGCGACCCUACAGCAAUCAGAUAGCAAUGGAGAGCCUAAACUGCCAGCCUGCUUGUGGGAUGAGAUGUGGUCUUAGUCAGUCUUUAUUUGGAGGCAGGGUCUUUGUGCAUAGCAGCUCUGGCUGUCCUGGAACCUGCUAGGUAGAUCAGGCUGGGUUUGAAUUCAGAUAAUCCCUUUUCCUCUCCCCUCCCUUCUGCUUCAGACUUUAUUGUCUCUUUUCAUAUUUGAUCAAGUACUUUAGACGUUAUCUCUUUAAUACAGAGUCCUAUAUGUAUAGGCCAUUUAAUAUGCAGCAUAUAGCUUUUGGUACUCCGGCUCUGAGAGCUCAAUUUCAAUGUAUGCUGUUACCUUCUGGACUGCAAAAGGAUCUCUUUGUUCAUGGUCCAAGUACUUCUCCAGGUUAAAGAAAGUGUCGUAGAAGAUGUGAGCCAUUCUGCACCUCUUCAAAUCUCGCAGAGUUAUUCUGCCUAUGGAAAGACAAACAUACCUUGUAAAUCUCACCAGCAGCUCUUUUGACAAAAGAAAAAGCUCACUGAUGUUGAAAAGUAUAUGUCCAUUUUAUUAUAAAUCACAUCUUUAAAAAGGCAAGUAAUUUUUAACUUGUAUAUGCCAGUGGCUUUAAAGUACACUCAUGAUGUAUAACCAUCAACACUGUAACAUUAUUCCCCUUAACCCCAAGCAAAGAACUAUAGUUUCUUCAAGAAGUCAUUCCUACCUCCCAACACCUCUGAGUCAUUAAUCAUUUCUUUUCUUUAUGGAAAGUUCUAUUUCUUAAAUAGUGGAUUUGACAUUAAUAGUCAAAGAGAGAAAGUAAAUUCUUCUGUAGUUGGGAAGUCUGUAAAGGCAACUCCGGAACACUAAAUACAUCGGAACUGCAGAACUCUGUGUUCACUCUGUUUAAGGAUGAACAGUGUACACUGCUGUUCCAUUGGCCUUACCAUCAUUAGCUGGCUUCACCAAGUCUAGCAUCUGGCACAACAGAUCAUGAAACGGCAAGGGCUCGAUGCCCAUGGCUUCCAUCCGUUCACACUGCUCUUCAUAGAAAUACUCUAGUUCAUACAUGGAAAGUACACCAUCUCCAUCCACAUCCAUGCAGCGGAACCAAUACUCAAUGCUAGGAGGAAAAAGAUGUCUGUUAGCAUGGACCUGGGAGAGGUUCUUUUAAAGUAAAUUUAUAUGUGUGUUACAGAUUAUGCCUAGUUUAUAAAUGUUUAGAGAAAACAAUGGAGGGCUGGAGAGAUGGCUCAACCAUUAACAAGAUAGGUUCACAACCAAAAAUAUAAUAAAAAAUCCAAUGGGAGGUCCUUUCUGCCUUUUGUUUUUAAAUUCCAGAACCAGUCAUUUCCAAAUGCCAAUUAUUUUGCUUUUUAUCUUAUAUUUUCAGAGCAAAUGCUCAUAUUUCUCUCCAUUUUUUGUUUUCAAGAAUUGCAGACUGAUUUUACCCACAGAUGAUAUUUUGGCCUUUACCACUUCCAUUUACUUAAUACAGUGAAGCUGUUCAUUACUUAGCACUGAUAACAGUUCCUUUUCUCUCUCAUUUGCUUUGCUUCCCAUGUCCUUGUUGUCAUAUUACCCUUACACUGUCACUCGUUGUUUAGAUCCACAUUCAAUACAGCGGAUGUUCUAUCAAUCCGAGUUUCCUGAAAUGCCCUUUGAUUCCUUCUGACUUAAUCUCCUAUGGUCUCUCUGCCGGUUCAGUUUCACCUUGAAGUUCUUUUUACUAUUAUCUGGGCUCUCACAUUUCUCCCAUCCUUUCACCUGGCACAUUAUUUAGUAGUACCUUAAGAAGAGUUACAGUAGGUAAGUCUGUCUGUCUGUCUGUCUGUCUGUCUGUCUGUCUGUGCAUCUGUGUGUCUGUGUGCAUACAUGCAUGUGGAGGGCAGAGAUCAACAUUGGUCAUCUUCCUCAAUUGCUUCUCCACAUUUUGUACAGGGCCAAACAGCCUCUGCCAGUUCACUGCUGAGCCCCAGGAUCCACCAUCUCCCCUCCCCAGCACUGGAUUACAAGUGUGUGCCACGACUGACUUUCUGUUUUUUAAACAUGAAUUCUAAGGAUCAAACUGAACUAUCCAUAGUUUUUUUGAUCUUGCAUUUCUUUUUUCCGUUUUAAAAUUUUAAUUUAUUCUAAAUACAUUCUUACUUUGUCAUCUACGAGGCCUCCAACUCCUGGUUCAAGUGAUCCUCCUGUCUCAGCUCCUGGGCAGCUGCACAGCAGGCACUUGACAUCCCUCCUGGCCCAGAUCUCAGAUCUGCAAAGGUCCCCUUUCCCAGCCUCUAAUUUGGUAUCCUGGCUAAUUCUAGAAUUAAAGCUCAGAAUUGCUUUUCCCUCAGAUUUUUAUCUUUAUUUUGAGGGGGCCUCACAUUGUAGCUUCUGUAUGUAAUCUACUAGGAUUUUAACUUUUACAUAUGAGUCCAUGUGGCAUACAAACUACUCUCAAGGGCAGGCUCCAUGCCCAUGAGUAACACAAAAUCAAUUCAAUGGUAGUUUUGGAGUUUCUUAGUCUCAUGCUUUGUCAGGGCUCCAGCCCCCUCACUCCAACCUCUCACAGGUCCUUUGUGUAUAUUUUAUGGCUUCUGGUUUUAUGUUCUUAUGGGAAUCAUCUGUGUGCAAAUGUUUGCGUGCCUGAGUCUGUAUGUGUGUUUUUGGGCUUUUUCUUAGGCUCUUCUGUUUUCAUUUGUUUUGUGCUAUCCCAAUUAGUUUGUUUUUAUCUUAUUAUUUUUAGAUGCCUGUUUGUGUGGAUUUGGACUGGAGGGGUGGGGGAUCUGGGAGGAGUUGGGGGAGGGGAAUUAUAAUCAGAAUGCAUUGUAUGAAAAAAUUAUUUUCAAUAAAAGAAAAAGGCAGCCCAGCUGGAAGAACAUAUCCCACCUACAGAGAACAGCUUUUGGGAUAGCUUCCACGCCAGUUGUUCGGGGCCCACGUGAAGACCAAGCUGCACAUCUCUGCAUCUGUGGGGGAGGCCUAGGUCUAGUCUGUGUAUGCUCUUUGGUUGUGGUUCAGACUCUGAGAGCCCCAAGGAUUCAGGUUAGUGGACUCUGUUGGUCUUUCCGUGGAGUCCCAUCUCCUUCAGUUUCCUCCCAGCCCCGCUCCUCCUAUUCCCCCACGAGAGUCCUCAGGCUCCCUCCACUGUGGCUGUGGGUUCUCUAUCUGUCAGUCAGCUGCUGGUGCCUCUCAGAGGAAACACAGCACUGUUCUUUGGUUUAGGAUGUUCUAGCCAUCCAGUAUUUUUUGUGCUUCCACAUGAAUUUAAAGGUGCCUUUUCUAUUUCUGUGAUAAAGAACACUGGAAUUUUUAUUGGGAUGAUAUUUUGAAUCUGUAGAUUGCUUUUGGCAAAUGGCUGUAUAAUCUAUUUGGGGAAUAGAGGAAGGGCUGAGUGACUGUGUAACGAUCAGAUGAAACCCUAAGCGGACAGCGGAUGUGUGUUAUUAACAUGGGUGUGGCCCUGUCAAGUAUCAGUGCGCCAUAGCCAUGGGAACCUGGCAAAGCCUUCCCUCUCUGGGUCAGGAAUGGAGUUGGCAAAGUCUCCCUCUGGUCUAAGUGUGACUGUUGAUAAUGUUUGCAGGGAUGAGUGUGUAGGAAUGAUAGGUGUGUAAGCCUGGGACUGAGCAUCCUGCUCUUGGAUGUUUACAGUCUGUGAGAAGACUGCUUGCCUACAGACUCCUCAUACCAAAACUAGCCAACCCGACACCCCUCUCCCUAAUAAAAGCACUGAAAUUCCCCGUUGUUUUGUGAUGGUUGGUGUUACUCAAUUAGGGUAUGCAUGGCUCACCUGACCCCAGUCAUUUCUCUGUCUUCUGAGGCUCUUUUUAUGAUGUAUUACACUUACUGAUUUACACAUAUCGAAUCACCUUACAUCUCUAUAAUGAAGUCAACUCAAUCAUGGUGUGUCCCUAGACUUUUUGAGUUCUUCUUUUUUCUACCCUUCUGCACCUCUUUUCUUCUACCCUUUCAACCCUCUAGCACUAGAUAGGAGAAAAAAAGGAUAGAGGAGAAAGGGGGCAAUGUUAUCACUGGACUCCUUCCUGGUGAUUAGGGGUUUGGAGGUCUAUGAGGCAAGUUUGAUUUUUGCUGUCAGGAUAUCAGAUUUCUUCUUUGCAUGUGACUACUUAACAAACCACAACUAAUAGCAGCCAGCAAACAACUAUCAACUGACACUGCCUCUUGGAGCCUUAGCAUUUUUAUACGCUCUGAAAAGUCCUAAGAUUACAAACAUCACACAAUCACAGAAACUAUCUGCAGCAAAAUCACACCCCUGCUACAGCACUGGGCAAAUCAUAGUCAGCUGCUGUGGACAGCCUGAAGCUGCCCAUAUUCCACACCUGGGAUUAAACAAAAACAUAUAAUACUUCUGUUUUUUUUUUUUUUUAAAGAAAUCAAAACAGGGUCUCACUAUGUAGCCCUAGCUGGUCUGGAACUCUCUGUAUAGACCAGGCUGGCUGAGAACUAACAGAUCUAUAUGCCUCUGGAGUGUUGGGAUUAAAGAUAUGUGCCACAACAAAUAAGAUUAAAAUUUUCUUUUGUGUGUGUUUGUAUUUCAGUAUAUAUAUAAAAAAAUUCAAGUACAUAUUUUCAAAAACACUAAGUGUUUAAUUGUGUGUGUGUAUCGGGAUAUCUACAUGUAAGUGCAUGAGUCCAUGGAAGUUUGAAACACUGGAUCCUAUGGAGCUGGAGGUACAGGUUAACUGUUUUGGGACAACUAGUCUGUACCGGCAAUGAUGGUGGAAGCAGAAAGACCAGCCAGAAGUCAUGCAAGUGAGAAAGUGCCCUGUGGAUUGCGGGGAGACAACUGCUAGUGCAGGAAGGUUAGUGAGCAAAGCUAACUUCUGAGACGGUUUGCUAGAAUAAUGACACCACCCUCUGGCUUAGAAAAAUCUUACAUUUUAAAAUCUAAUCCUCUCUCUCCCUCUUUCUCUCUCUGUUUCUCUCCCUCCCGUGUGUGUGUGUGUGUGUGUGUGUGUGUGUGUGUGUGUGUGUGUGUGUGUACGUGUACGUGUACAUUCCAUGGCAUGAGUAUGGAGGUCAGAGAAUACCUUAUGGGAGUUGGUUCUCUUUUCCAUCAUGCUGUGGUGUACCAAACUUGGGUAACUAGGCUUUCUGGCUAGGCUGCGAAGCCUCUUUUGUUUGCUUGUUUUGAAGACAGGGUCUCUCAAUGUAGUUCUGGUUGUUCUGGAACUUGCUAUGUAGACCUGGAUGGCCUCCAAAUUCAUAGAAAUUCACUGGUCUCUGCCUCCUGAGUGCUUGGCUUAAAGGCGGACAUUACCAUGUCUAGCUGCUGAGCUUUCUUACUGGCCAAAAUCUUACCAAGUGUUUUAGCAUCAAAAGACAAACAAUGGAAAAGCAAAGACAGACAUUCCAAUAGGGGAAAUACUAAAAUAACAUAGUAGCCAUUUGGUAUAUUAGACCUAUAUUCUCAAAAUGACAGAAUUCUCCCUAGAGGAGACUGCCCUAUUUACCUGAGUUACCUAUGUAAGCUAUUGGCAAAGGCUGUCUCACUUUAGUGCAUCUGUGAAUAUGAAGUAUGCCUUGAGCUUGUGUUUUGAAUACCUUAGCCCCAGAUGAUCCUGGGGUUAUCUGGGCAGAGACUGCACUGCUGGGCUGUCCCCUCUCACUCAUGAUGACCUGUGACUCAUCAGAUCUGAGUAGCUGACAAACAAGGAGCAUGAGCACUGUAACUGUGAGCAUGUUAUUUUAGAUUCCCAUAUGGUCUGUUUUGUUUACACAUAAGCUACUUAUUAUCUAUCUCUAGACACAAUUUUAGGGGUCUGGAGACAUCUAUUUUGGGGGGCUAAACUGUUGAUAAUUAUUUUCAGUAUUUCUUAGAAAUGCUGAAGCCCACUGAAUAUGAACAUCUGUAACAGUAAAGACACUGGAUAGAGAGGUGAAUUAGAAGUUAAGAACUCUGGUGGCUCUUCCAGGGGACCCAGGUUCAAUCCCCAGCACCCACAUGGUGCCUUAUGGCAGUCUUGUAGCUCCAGUUCUAGGGACACUGAUGCCUUUUCUUAGUUUCCUCAGGCACCGCAUGCACAUGAACACAGACAUAUAUGGUGGCAAAAUACCCAUACAAAUAAAAAUAAAUCUCAAAAAAAAGUGAAUGUAUGCCUUAUAGUACCAGAUAGAAUAUUAGUGCAAUUUUAUACCACAGACCUCUUUUAAGUAUUGACCCACAUGUGAAGGGAUAUGAAUACAAAUAAAAAUUACCCAUUUUUCACUUUUUACCUUAUUUCCACUUAAAAUGAUCAUUACAGACCAAAUCUUCUGUACAACAAUGUGAAAUCCUGGUUACUAGAGAACAAGAGAGAGGCGACUUAAGCAGUUUUAUUACAACAAACCAGUGCCCAUCUUACCGUGGUGAUGUAGCGGGAAUGGAAUUCAGGAGCAUCUUUCAGGAAGGUGAGGCCAGGGUGUGUAUCUACCACAUCCUUAAAAAGAUUGAAAUCAAAACUAAGUUAACAAACGGAAAAAAACAGAACACAACCUCCUUAGAAGUUUUUCCUUCCUGUGGAAUAGGCUGACAGUUGAGCAAAUAUUCUAUUCUAGAAUACUGCAUAAUACACUGAAAAUUUAAUUUAUUCAUUAUUAUAAGCAUGUUUAUAAUACAUGAUUUUCUACAUGCACAUAAUAUGCUUAAAUAUAAAAAAUUUAAAUUAUCUAUAUUUAGUGAUUCACGAGUCAAUGUCUUAGAGGUAUGUAUGUUCUGCAAUCCUAACACAGUAAAAGCUGUCUGAAAAAGCCACCAGAAAUCUCAGUAGGAUUUACUGAGAGUCAUGACAGAGACAAGCCAAGAAAAAUGAUUUUCUUUCUUAAUCCAGAGGCAUGAAACUUGGGGAGGGGGAGCUGAAGAGACGCUAAUGCCCAAGAGUGCAGCCAGGCGUGCUGGCACUUGGACUUUACAAGUGAGAGGAGAGACGAGACAGGAAGAGUCCACAUUUGAGGUUUGCCUGUUCUAAAGAAAAAAAUUUACAUGGACAAAUUUGUUUUCAAUUUAAGAUUUUGUUUAUCUUAAAAUCUAUUAUCUUGUUCUUGUGGGAGAUUAUUAGUUGAGUCUUUGAAAACUUUGUCUAAUUGGAGUUUUAAAGCACUUUUACCCUAGAGACUAUUAGAAAUCGUUACUCCUAAAUUAACUACAAUGCUAAAACAGGCGUAUCUAUUAAUUUCUAACAAAACAGCUUAAAACUAGGUUUUACUGCUUAUAGUUUUGUGGACUUGGAAAUAAUUUUAUAUUUUCAGAUGAACUGUGAAAAAUACUGCAGAGAAACUUUCUGUGACUUUCUUCCAUCUUCCAAAGAUAGUAACCCACAAACCAUAGAACAAUGAUCAAACUAGGAAACAAACAUCUGUACAAUCCUAAGCUACAGACCUGACCAGAUUUCACCACUUUCCAAUUCUGGCCCUCUGGUCUGUUGCAUCUAGUCGUUCUCUCUGGUCUCUGGCCUGUAAUGCUUCUUUCCUGUUUUCAUGACUGCAGUGCUUUUAAUGAAUUCUGGUAAGUUAUGUCUCUCAGCUUGGCUUUGUCUUAAGUUUUCCUCAAACAGAUUAAAUUCACACAUUUCCAUUAGGAAUAACCGCAAAGGUGAUGCUGUGUCCCUUUCCAGUGCACCACACAGGCAAUAUGUGAUUAGUUCUGUGACUCAAACUGACCCAGCUUUGGCCAUGUGGAACUCUUUGAUUUAGGAUCUUUCUGACUGUCCUGUCCUUUGUACUUUUAAGUUCACCUUGCAUUUUCCUUUUCCCAUAUUUUAUGCCAACCUUCUAAGAUUCAAUAGUUCAUUUUAGUGGAGAAGAAUUUUAGAAAUUGAGUCUGGAUGCUAUGUGUCCCCAUUAUUACUGAGUAUCACUGCUUUCAGAACCUGUAGCAGGCAUAACUAUACAUGUAUGUGCCUCUGUGAAACUAUAACUAUAUAAUACUAUAAAAUACUAUGUAUUAAUUACUCUGGUUCCAAUCCAGUACAAGAAAAGUUUACUCAUGACUUCUUUCUUUUCUUUGUAACUAUAAAAGUGAGAGACCUUGCUCUCAUCUACAAUGUAAUUAGCUACUUGUUCAAUCCUGCUGUACCAAAAAAAUGUAGGGCUGGAGAGAUGACUGUUCUUCCAGAGGUCCUGAGUUCAAUUCCCAGCAACCACAUGGUGGCUCACAACCAUCUGUAAUGGGAGCUGGCACCCUCUUCUGGUGUGUCUGAAGACAGUGACAGUGUACUCAUAUAUAUAAAAUAAAUUCUUAAAAAAAUAAAUAUACUAAUAUAAUAUUUGUAUGUAGUUGCUUUGGUCUUUUUUAAAUCAUUUUUUUAGUCUAAGGAUUUUAUUCAUAUCUACACUGUAUGUGAUCAAAUGUGUCUUCCCAUUCCCUUCCUCCCCUUCCUUCCACUUCCUCCUUUAUUACCUGCCACUUUCCAUCUCCCAACUUCAUGUCUCCCUGUUAAAAGUCCAUCAGGUCCACUUAGUGCUUCAUGUAAGAGCGUGAAUGUAGGACCCUUUACUGAGCACAGGUAGUUUCUCACGGACCACAUCCCUGAAGAAAGCUGGCGUUCUCUCCCCUUUAGCCAUCACAACAGAGCUCUGCUGUCUCUGGCAAAUACUGUUUCUAUAGAUGUCUAUCCCUUCUCUGUAACGAUUCCUUGUCUUUUAUCCUCUGCACACCGACCAGUUGUGGGUCUUUGUAUUAAUCACCACCUACUGCGAAAGAAGCAGAGCCCAGGCCCUUGGCAAGAGCAGCAAGUGCUCUUGGAUACUGAGCCAUCUCUGCUGCCCUACAUUUUCUGGGACAAAUGUUACUGGGUCACAGCAUCUUCUAUAUGGUAGCAUUUUAUUACAUUUCAUCACUAGUUAUGAAAUUGCAUUUAUUUGCAGUUCUCUUUGUAAUGUAUUUACCUGAAUUAGGUAUCAGUGAUGUUUGCUUUAGAAAUGAUCUAGGGUUAUCCAUUUCAAUAUUCUGGAAUGAUUUAUAGAACAUAGACUACCUGGUCUUUGAAAAAUUGGACAAUUUCUCUUGUGAAACUACUUGUUGUUGGCUGCUUUUAAGAUGUUUAUUAACGUCUUUACAACUUUUGUACAACUUAGACUGUUAAAUUUCCCAAGUAAAAUGAGUCAACCUGGGUCCCAUGUCUUUCUAGAAAAUUGUCCAUUUCACCUAGGUUUUAAAAAUUUAUUCUCAUAGAGUUUGUAUAGUACCCUUCUGUUUUUUACCUAAAAGAAUUAACUUAAUUUUCACAAUACAAAUGAAAGUACUUUUUUUGGUUCCAUUUCUCCUUUCCCAAAUUAUUUUAAUAAGACAAAGUGAAUCUUUCUUAUUAUAUUGUUAUAAACCAGAGUCACAGCACCAUAAUCUCUUGGAGAAGUAGAAUAAAUAAAAUAAAAUUGAUAUAAAGAAGCCUUUCCUCUUUGUUCAGAUAAGUGGGUAUAACCAAGGGACAGCAGCUCUAAUGACUGGAGGCCCAUGUGUCACCAGCAUGCCCUCUCCCACAGGUGUCCUCUUUCCAGGUCCCACUGGUAUUAUCUUAAGAGAAGGGCCUAUCACUGGCGUCAUGUGAGAACUUCUCAUGGAAUUCUGGCAUCAUACCAAGGGGAAGAAAAUAGGGGGACUAGAGGGAGGCAGGACCAUGUCCUACAGGAAGAGGGGAAGAUGGAGUUGCAGGUAUCUUUCUUUGUUGGAAGUAGCCAUGGUGGUGUCAGUCAGGCUCUGAGUUAGGUCUUCCAUUUGUCAGUGCUAGUUUGCCGACACUUGCACUCUAUUUGUGCCCCACCUAGUGCAGCGUGUCCUCCUCACGGAUGAAGUAACGGGUGAGCCAUUAAUCCAGUAAUCAGAACAGAAUGUAGGCAUGUUGCUCUGCAGGCUACCAGCCACUCUGUUCCAAGCCCACUACCAAAAUGACAUAUAUAGGACGGUAAAAUAGUCUUUUGUGACUUUAACUUUCCUUUGGUUGAAUGGUGGCUUACAACCAUCUUUAGUUCCAGUCCCAGGGGCUCUAACAUCUUUUUUUGGCCUCAAUUGGCACCAGGUAUGCAUGUGGUGCCCAGACAUAUAUGCAGACAAAACACUAAUAUAAAGUAAACAAAAAUUUAAACAAUGUAUUUACUUAUAUUUUAAGAAAUUUAGGGGCUGGAGAGAUGGCUCAGUGGUUAAGAGCACUGACUGCUCUUCCAAAGGUCCUGAGUUCAAAUCCCAGCAACCACAUGGUGGUUCAUAGCCAUCUGUAAUGAGAUGCCCUCUUCUGAUGUGUCUGAAGUGUACUCAUAUACAUAAAAUAAAUAAAUCUUUAAAAAAAAAAGAAAUUUGGGGCUGGGGAUUUAGCUCAGUGGUAGAGCGCUUACCUAGGAAGCGCAAGGCCCUGGGUUCGGUCCCCAGCUCCGAAAAAAAGAACCAAAAAAAAAAAAAAAAAGAAAUUUAUAGCACACAAAGCAAUGGUUUUUAUCAAGGCAUUUUCAUACAUAUAAGUCUUAGAGUUUUGUUCUUACUCAUCCAUUUCCCACAAUACCUUUCCUUGGUCUGCCUGUGACAUUGCAUUGCCCAAUGCAAACAACUGCAGGUGCUAUGAGAACAUAUUUACAACUCAUGAAAUGAUAACAUUUCAUUGUCUUUCUCCCAAUCUUCCAGGUCUUACAUUCUUUCUGCUCUUUCUGUGAUAUUCUCUGAGCCUCAGAUGUGUGGUGUAACUGUCCUGUUCAGAGCUGAGCACUCAACCAUCACCACCGUAUUCUCAGCACCUAGAGCAGCCAUGAUAUUCAUCCUUUCAUGUGUGGGGAAAAGAUUUAAAAUCGAUUCUUAGGAAGUUUCCAGAAUAUAUAUUAUAGCCAGGCAUGGUGGCAUAGACCUUUAAUCUAAGCACUUGGGAGGCAGAGGCCGGAGGAUCUCUGAGUUCAAGGUCAGCGGUCUAUGGUGGUUUGUAUAUACUUGGCCCAGGGAAUGGCACUAUGCAGAGGUCUAGCCGUGUUGGAGUAGGUGUGUCAUGUGGGGUGGGCUUGGAGACCCUCAUCCUAUCUGCCGGAGGAGCCAGUCUUCUCCUAGCAGCCUUCAGAUGAAGAUGUAGAACUCUCAGCUCCUCCUGCACCAUGCCUGCCUGGAUGCUGCCAUGUUCCCACCUUGAUAUGGACUGAACCUCUGAACCUGUAAGGCAGCCACUGCAGGUUGGUGUCAUUCGCAGGUGAGGGCUGGCACAAGUUAGGUCAAGGCCAUGAUUGGACAGUAAAAAAAUAAAGCAGGGACAAAGCUUUUGUAAGGCGGGAGAGGGGAAGGAAGGAGAAUCAACAUGGAGACGGAGAAGGAUGACCCAGAUCCAGGUGGUCCUGAAUCGCCAAGGUAGCCGGGAUGAACUUCUGUAGGCAAAUUUAUCUUAUCUAGGUGGGCAGUUUAUAUCCUUAUCAGUUGGUUGUAGGUUUAUUGUGUGGAUGUAGUGUGGAUUGAGAAUUUAACAUGUAAAUCUGAUUGUCGGGUUGUAGUUUGUUGAGUCUUGAUUUAACGGGUUGUUGGGAGUUUACACCAUAACUAUUAGGGGGCGGAUGUUGGGAAUGUAAACACAGCAUCAGCACAGAGUUACGAGAGGGAAGCCGCUGCUGGGACCAGGGGGUGGAUGCUGGAAAUGUGAACAGAAUCCACGGUAAGAGAGUCACAGUGAUAAGAGGUCUCUGUGUUUUGAGUGAGGGCAGGGCAGGCUGACAGGGUGCCAAGUUGGAACGGCUUGUGGAUUCCCUGGGCCUGGAACUAGGGAGAGUGAGACUGCCAGGGUACAGCUGUUCCACCCUUUUAUUUUAUUGCUGCAACAAGUCUCAAGUAAAUGUUGUCCUUACAAGAGUUGCCUUGGUCAUGGUGUCUGUUUACAGUAGUAAAACGCUAACUAAGUCUAUACUGUGAGUUUCAGAACAGUCAGCACUACAUAGCAAGAUCUUAUCUCAAAACAAAGCAGAAAUAACAUACAAUGUUAUUGAUUAUAGUCAGUGUAUUGCACAAUAAUCUUUUGAACAGACUCCUAUUUAUCUGUGCAUCCCUGUUGAACAUCUUUCCCAGCUGUGUAAGUGACAAAGAUAGCAGGAUCGCUGGGGCCUGCUGGCUGGGAGCUGAGCUCAGGUCCAGUGAGAGAUCCUGUCUCAAAGAAAUAAGGGGGGGAGUGUGUAGAGCAGGAUGUCUUCCUCAAGCUUCUCUGAGUAGAGUGUGUACACAGCACACACGCAAACAUGCAGACACACACCUCCACACACAUAAACACACACUUAAAGAAUAGAUUCUGGGACUGAUUUAUUUUACAGAAAAAGCAAAGAACCUCUGGAUUCGAAUGAAGGCUCUUCUGGACAUGGAUCACUGUUACUUCAGUAAUAACCCUAAUUUCAGACCUGAGGCACAGCUUCAUGCUGAGGGAAAAUUAACAUUUUCUUCCAGACUGUAUAUAUAAGGGCUCAAUAUAAAAACUUAAGUGACAGAAAAUAAAAACUUAAAUUUUUUUGGAUUUAUUUAUUUUAUUAUUUUAUGCAUAUGAGUGUUUUGCCUGCAUGUUUAUCUGUGCACCACAUGCCUGAUGACCACAAAGGCCACAAGAGGACGCUGGAGCUGCCAUGUGGGUGCUGGUAAUAAAAUCUGAGUUCUCUGUAGGAGCAAUGUUGCUUUUAACCACUGGGCCAAUGCCCCAUCUCAAAACAUACUUAAGUUCUGAGAUUUAGUCAUGAAGAUCUGAGACAUGCUUUCUACAUGUAAACAAUAUUAGUAAACAAAGAUUUUAGCAUCUCUGAAACAGAAAAGAAAAAAUGAAAAGUGUCCUGUUUUUCAUUUAUUUGGCUCCAUUAGUGAAAAUUAUUUCACACAAAUUUGUUCCCUGGAUGAGUAAAUAGGGAGCCUAUGCAAAUAAUAUCAAUGACGAAUGUCCCUGAGAUCUGUUAGAGUAACAAGGCCUAUUGCCCUUAACCUAAAUUAUUCCUAGCUGGAGUGCUCUGAGAGGCAGCAGGCUUUGUGCCUUUUUCUCUCCUACAAGUACUUUCUUUUUACUGUGUUCCUGUCUACCUUUAUGGCUGGUGGCAAUUGUGUUACAAAUGUCAGUAUGACGGAUUAAAGUUUCCAUUUUCUUAUUCCAUCAUUUGUUCAUUCAUUCGUUCAUUCGUUCGUUCGUUCGUUCAUUCACUGGUUUCUCGAGACAGAUCUUCCUAAGUUUAGUCUGUAGGUUGUAUCCUCUUGCUCGCUCUCCAGUGCUAGGAUUGUAGGCAGGCACUAGCAAGCACCACCAUGCACAGUUCUUCUUCCUAUUCUAGACUUCUGUUACAAUAGAUCUCAGUGGAACAAUCGGACAGCCAUCUUAGGGAUGUGCAUAAAUCAAAGAGUGAAGAUACGCCCAGUUCAUGAUAGUUGUUCUGAUUACUCCAUAGCCUUUUCUUUCUUUUUUAAACAUUGUUUAUGUAUGUGAGUACAUUGUCACUAUCUUCAGACACACCAGAAGAGGUCAUUGGAUCUCAUUACAGAUGGUUGUGAGCCACCAUGUGGUUGCUGGGAAUUGAACUCAGGACCUCUGGAAGAGCAGUCAGUGCUCUUAACCACUAAGCCAUCUUUCCAGUCCCCUUAGCCUUUUCUUGUUUCUUACCAGAUUCUUUAUUUUUAAUUUUUAAAAAAUUUUCAUACUACAUUAUUUUGACUAUAUUCUUUUUCCUCCUGGAUCCUCAACUUCAAGUUUUUCUCAUUCUUAGAAACAAACAACAAAACACCGCCCCUCCCCCACCUCAGUUCAUUUUAUGUGGGCCCACUCUUCCUAACCAAUGAGGCUUGCCCUGGAGAAUGGUUGAUACACCCAAUGUCACUCCAUUAAGAAAACUGAUUGUGGGGGCUGGGGAUUUGGCUCAGUGGUAGAGCGCUUACCUAGGAAGCGCAAGGCCCUGGGUUCGGUCCCCAGCUCCGAAAAAAAGAACCAAAAAAAAAAAAAAGAAAAAGAAAA